GCUACAAAAGACCCCGUGUACCACUCUUUUCUUGUCUUGGCUUCAUUUGAAAGAUUCUUUACUCCUACACUUUUUAGCAGAACAUUCAUGUGAACCUACACUCCACCCACAAAUAUAAAAAACAGAAGAAGGGUAGGAAGAACAGUGUGGUAGAGAUAAAAAAAACAACAUAAGAAGGAUAGGAAGAACAGCGCGGUAGAGAUAAGAGAGACAGAUGGGUCAUCAUGAUUUCUUCACAAGAUUCAUGAUUUUGUAUCUUCAACUAGUAGCAUUUUUCAUGUCAAUAUGGGUUUCAACCGCAGCCGCGACGAAUUCGCCAACUCCGCCGUUGCCAAUCCUUCCGUUGCCUUCUGCAACUCAAUUGAAAUGGCAACAGAGAGAAGUUAUAAUGUUCUUUCAUUUUGGAGUUAAUACUUUUACUAAUUCAGAGUGGGGAACUGGUAAAGAAAAUCCAUCCAUUUUCAACCCGACUGGUCUGAAUGCGAGUCAGUGGAUGGAUGUUGCAGCUAAUGCUGGAGUUUCAUUAGUAAUUCUUACUGCAAAACACCAUGAUGGGUUUUGUUUGUGGCCUUCACAGUACACUGAUCAUUCUGUUAUAAGUAGUCCCUGGAAAGAUGGUAAGGGAGAUGUGGUUCAAGAAUUUGUCACCGCUGCAAAGAUUCGAGGAAUCGAUAUCGGAUUGUAUCUGUCUCCAUGGGAUAUGCAUGAUAAAAGAUAUGGACAUGAACGAGAGUAUAACGAGUACUACUUGGCUCAAUUGCAGGAAUUGCUUACAAGAUAUGGAAAGGUUCAAGAGAUCUGGUUUGAUGGAGCGAAAGGAGCAAAUGCGCCAAAUAUGUCAUACUACUUCCAAGAUUGGUUUUCCAUUGUUAAAGAACUGCAAGAUUCUAUCAACAUAUUCUCUGAUGCUGGUCCUGAUGUUAGAUGGGUUGGAGAUGAAAAAGGAUAUGCUGGGAGUACAUGUUGGUCGCCAAUCAAUCGAACUGCACUGAAAAUUGGAGAGGGCGUCGAUGUCAGCUAUCUUAAUAUUGGUGAUCCAAAAGGAACAGACUGGUUGCCUGCUGAGUGUGACGUAUCGAUAAGACCAGGUUGGUUUUGGCACAAAUCGGAGGAGCCCAAGCCGUUAAGUCUACUGCUCGAUAUAUACUACAACUCAGUGGGAAGAAAUUGUGUGCUCUUAUUAAAUGUACCUCCUAAUACAACAGGCCUUGUAUCAGAAACCGAUAUUCAACAUCUCGGAGAAUUUCGAAAAGCAAUCGAUACAGUUUUUACUGUCAAUUUGGCUGAAGGAAAUGUCAUAAAAGCCAGCAGCCAGAAAGGAGAAAGUUUCCGCCCGGAAAACGUACUUGAUGGCGAUCAUUUAUGGUCAUAUUGGACGCCGAAAGAUAACUCAAAAGGCAAUCACUGGAUUGAAAUAUUAGGGGAUAACAAGGGAGGAAUAAAAUUCAAUGUUGUGAGAAUUCAAGAGGCAAUCGGCCUAGGGCAGAGAGUUAAAAAGCAUGAGAUUCACGUAGAUGGAAAACUGGUUGCUAAUGGAACAACAAUUGGUUACAAGAGGCUUCAUAGGCUUGAAGUGGGAGUUGUUCAUGCCAAGAGAGUCAAAAUCUUAAUCAAGGAAUCAAGAGGAUUGCCGGUGAUAUCAUCCAUUGGUCUUCAUUUUGAUCCAUUUUGGAACCCAAUUAGUUCAAACAAAACCACAGCCUUAUAAAGAUAGCUUCAAUUGUUGUUACUAUCUCAGACUCUCAUCUCAGUACAUGUACACUUUUAUCUUCCAAAUUUCAUUCAAAGAUAAAAGCUGGUUCCAUUAUUUGCGUUA